AUGGACAUGUUGGGGGAGGUGCACAUUAACCCACUACCUCCGUUCAGCGAUUGCAACGACGAGGCGGACGAAGGGGAAGAAGGGGACGAAGGGGACGAGGAAGGGGACGACGGUGUGGUAGAGGUCACCGCCGAUGGAAAUCGGAAGAAGCGGCGGGCCAACAACUACACUGAGAUUGAAGACGCCACGUUGUGCCGAGCUUGGGCCUCAGUGGGGAUGGAUGCCGUCUCGGGCACGGAUCAAACCGGAAAGCGGUACUGGCAGCGUAUCGAGGACAAGUUUCAUAAGCUAAUGUCGCGCGUUCGCCAUCCUGUCGAUCGCACCUACCGAUCCCUCCAAGGUCGUUGGGACGCGAUAAAACCAGCGUGUAGCCGGUGGGCAGCAGCAAUGGACCAAGUGGUGUCCAAUCCUCCUAGCGGCGCAACCGUCGAUGAAUAUGAUCGCAUUGCUGAUGCUAGGUACAGAGACAUGGCCGACAGCAAGGGAAAGAGCUUCACCAUGCAGCAUUGCUUUGAUGUGCUCCAACACCUCCCCAAGUGGAAAUUGAGAGAUGAAGAAGUUGCACCGAAGAAGGCUGCAAUGGUUGCGCUCGACGACACCGAGGACGAGAAGGAUGGCAGGAACACCGACAAGCCGGAGGGGAACAAGAAGGCGAAGGAAAGGCUCAAACUCGAGGGGGGGCUGCAUUGUUGA